UAGUGUGCGGUGACAGACAACCAUCGGUGAGCCGACAAUCCAGCUCCGAGUGUAAACUAUGGAAGAGAUUAACAACAUUGAAGUCACUCCGUGCACAGAGUCCGACUACCUGAAGCCGUUCAGGGUGCACUACAACCAGAAUGGCACAAAGAAAUCCUGGGACUUCAUGCGAACCCAUGAUAGUGUAUCAGUCCUGAUCUUCAACACCAGCUCACACUGUUUUGUCCUCGUCAAGCAGUUCCGUCCAGCUGUAUACAUGUGUGAGUGGGAAAGGACCAAGAUGCAGCCGCCUCAGUCUGCUGAAAAAAGCGAGGAGGGCGCCACCGAAGCUGCCGCCCCUGCCCCCGAGUCGCAGGAGGGCCAGUCGGCCUCAGAGGGGGAGAGCUCUUCUCAGUGGCCCCCGGCCUCGGCGGGGGUCACCUACGAGCUCUGCGCCGGGCUGGUGGACAAACCUGACCUAUCUCUGGAGGAGAUCGCCCGGCAGGAGGUGCUGGAGGAGUGCGGCUACGAUGUGCCUGCAUCUAAACUGAAGAGGAUUACUUCCUACAGGUCAGGCGUAGGUGUAACGGGGUCCAAGCAGACCAUGUUUUACGCCGAGGUGUCUGACGACAACUGCGUGAGCGCAGGCGGAGGUGAGCCACGGGAGGGAGAGCUUAUCGAGGUGGUCAAAGUCCCGCUGCACGAGGCCAUGACGUUUGCUUACGACGAGCGUAUACCCAAAACCAUGGGUGUCAUUUUUAGUUUCAUCUGGUUCCAUAAUAACAUGUCUCCCAAGUACAAGAUCUCCACCAACGUGUAACUAGUAUUAAAUAAACCCUCUUUAUACCAUGUAUUCCAAAUUAAAUCAAACACUGGCCCAGCACAUCCACUCCUCCCCUCAUGGCUCUUCAUCCUGUAUUGCCUUUUUUGCUUAUUGGUACAUGAUGAAAGGUGGGCCCCUUGUCUUGUUGCCAACGGGUAUCUUUAAGUUUUGUCCUGUUUACCUUUUUGAGUUUCAUGUGGUCUUAAUAUUUUUCCUAAAAACUAAUUUGCCAUAGCUGGUUGUCACUGGCACAUUUUUCUCUUCUUGAUACUUUUUUUUUUAAAGUCUGUUGAUUUUAUUUAUUGUGCCGUCUGUUAUAAAUGGCUGCAUAUCACUGAUUUCAUUUGCCUGCCCUUGAUUAAAGGAAUACUCCACUGUUUUUAGUGUAGGCUCUUGAAUGUCACCAGCAUUUAUAAAAUACAAAAAAGUAUUUCAAACACAUCUGAUAUUGGCUGAGAAAGAGCCAUUUAACACUCUGCCGACAGUCAAAUUCCAGCUUGUUCCAAGGAUUCUCAAACACCCAACAUUCAUUACAAACUCUGUGAUGCUAACCAGCCAUGUGCCCUUGGUUAGCCUUGGUUUGCUAACAUUUUAGCAUGCUAAAGUAAAUAUUUUUUGGGGAUUCUUGCAGCCUGAAAUGCCUGAUUUCACAGUAGCUUUUCUAACAAAAAUUGUGAUGCAUGUCGCAAUGUUUAAUGUUUAAUUUUGCGAUGAAUUGCAGAGGCAGGUAAAAUUCUAAAAAUAGUUGCGAUACUGUCUCAGAUUUAGAGCCUAUGAGCAUUCAGUGGUUCCCACAGAUCAGCUGAUGCAGCCGUCCAAUGCGGCGUUGAAGGACUGUCGUAGUGAGCUGGUCUCCUGCUCUCUCUGCCCAGCUAACACGAGCUAACAAAGCAGCAGUGGCUAACAUCCAACACCAAGCAGUAAAAGAGUCCCAGCAAUCUUAGACCAACACCAAAAUAGCUCAACUCUGUCAUUAAACCCGUUAAAAAAAAAACAGAACCGUAAUGUCAGCCAUGUGAUGCUAAUGUUAGCCCUGUCACUGUGUGUCUGUUACCUACAACCCAGGCACAGAGCUCACACUCCUGCAGCAGCAAUCUGAUGAUAAAUAGAGAGUAAGAGACAGUAGGAAAAUGGGGCAAGGAGACGCUGAGCGACUCAAUAUGCUUUGCAGCUCUAUAAUGAGAUUUUAUGCAUUUUAAAUACUUAAUUUGCAGUAAAUUUGCUGUGAUUGGACGAGGUUGCAAGCUGGAGCAGAAUUCAUGGGGAUUGGCUGAGAUUGCAACAUCCUGGAGGGCCUGAUAUAUGCAUUGGAGUUCAUGCAAACUUUUCUACUUGCCUGACAAAGUAUGCUAGCAUAAUUUUCCAUCUAUUAUAAACAAUACACGUUACAUUAACAAUGGCGACAAUUUUUUGUACCCGUCAUGACUUGAACCAUUAAAGUUAUAGAGAUAAAUUAAAAAAACAGUGGAGUAUUCCUUUAAUCCAUGAUCCAGUAAUGCAAAAACUAUGCUAGUCAAUGGUGGGGCCUUGUAAUGAUUGAGGUGUGAGGUGUGUUUUAACCACCACUUGUUCAAGCAUGCCUCAGUUAAUUUGUCUGAUCCACAGCCUUUAAGCAAUACUUAUCAUAGUACCCCAGUCUAAACAAUCACUCAGUCACUGAAAGCAACUCUGCUUGAAAAUCUUCAUAAAGUCAAACCAGUGGACAUAUUAACAGACUUUUUUUCUUCUACAAAAAAGUGGAAAUGUGAGUUAGGUGUUCACACCACAGACAAAGCAUACAUCUACCUUCCCCUGCACAGAGGGCCUAAUCUCAGUUUUAGGUGUUUUCAAGCACAAUCCUGCUCUGAGUUACAGAUACUUGUGCUGUAACAUGUCAGUGAAUAGCUUCGAUUUAGCUUUUGUUUUGAAGGAAGUCUUUUUACUCUGUUGCAUGUUUUGUUCCUGAGAUAAAGACACACUGGAAAUACAGUAGAGAAGACUAUAUAAAGGCUAAAUCCUCUAUUUUUUAUCAGUUUCAUCACGAUCAAAUUCAUCUCUAGAGAGUUCACUUUAUACCCGGCAUGUCAAGAUUACAUUUUGAACACAAUGAUGCGGGUGUCAGAGCAUAUUUAAAAUGACUUGAACCAUCUAAAAGAUUGCCUUUGGUCAUAAUCCAUUUCGGAGUGAAUCUGUGAAGUAAACUUUGGAUAGUCAUUAACACACAAAUCUAAUCUCACAAACAGUAGUUUGCCAAAAUCUCAGGUCCAAAUAGUCAAACGUUCGGUCAGGUUCAGGGUGGAUCUCUGAAUGUGACGAUGACCAGCAUUUUAUUAUAUUUCAAAAUCACUUGGAGCUUAGAGGCAACAAGGUUCUUACUAUGUGUUAGUAUUUUUCUUCAUUCUAAAAGGGCUGGUACUUCAUAUAUUAACUAACGUGUGAAAAAGAAGAAAUUCCCCCAACUUGUAGUUUUCUUAAAAAUAUGCAAGUCCUGCAAAAACAAUAGUGUUUUUAGAAAAUUACUGCUCACUUAAAAAAAGACAACACAUCUCAUGAUUUAUACAGUUAGAUAACAAGAGAACUACGCCUUUGUUUGUAGUUUGGAGGGUGGAAAACAUGACAAGAUGAAGUGACUGAAAUUUAACAGUUAUUUAAAAAAAAAAGAAAAAAAAAAGACCUGCCUGAAUAACUUGGUGGUUUUGUUGACUACAAAAUGAAAUUACAAAUUACUGUGAGUUAGUUAUUUGUAAGAGUUUUAAGUGCAACGUUAAUAACAUGUUGAACAUACUGACGGCGUUAAAGUAAAAUCAAACAAACACAAAAAAUAAAUGUGAAAACGAAGAAAUACUCCAGUGAAUAUGAUCAUCAGUCCAGGAUUUAUUUUUGUUCUUUUGGGUUUUUUGAACCCGAAGAACAGCUGACAAUCAAAUGUGAACAUUUGUCUUCUUUUACCCAUAAAACCUUGUGAUUUUUGUCUUUUUUUAUUUAUCUGUUAGGUGUGUGUACUUCAGCAUCAGUUUCAGGCAUCUCACGGUUAUCUGGUGCCGCUUAAGCUCUAAAUGCAUCGUUUUUAUCUGCACAAACAAAGUGAAGAGAAUUUGAUUCAAGCAAACUUAGUAUGCACCACACAGUGAGUCAAAUAUUUACACCCAGACUGUGUAGGAAUAUAUGCAGAACCCUGAAGCCAUAUUUAGCUCCCCCUACGCCCAGUCAUUGAGCUUCUUAAUCCUUGGGUCCAUCCAAGAUCAUCCCUUGAUGUAGGAUUGUACGGUUUGCUCAAACUGCUUGAAUUCUUUUGAUUUUGUUGAUUUUUAUAUUGGAAAAAGAAAGAUAACUCUCAUUUGCUCAAUUCAAAUCCAAAAUUUCAAACAUAUAAAAAUACAGGAUGUAUCUAUUUUAACAAGUUUGGAAAAAUGUGGAAAGCACCUUUGGAAAACCAUGGAAUGACCACUGGACAACUUGUUAGUGUUAUGUGUAGCGUGGGCUAAAAGCUUGGGUUGUAGUGCAGGGCUUUUUAACAAUAUUUUCUUCACUAUAUUUUACAUUGUGAUAACCAGCCACCAUAAUAGCCUGAAAUAAGUUUCUUAUCAUUUAGCUUUUAGAAAGCUAUCUGGCACCUUAUCCUCAUUAGAUCCCUCACCCUUCUUAUUUCCUCCAUCGUCUUCCAUGUGACAUUGACUACGUGUACCUGCAUAAAUAUUCCGGGUCUUUGCCCUUUUUCCAAAAAUGACAAUAUACCUACUAACCUGUUUUCAUGACUAAUGAAAAAGAAUAGACCACUAAUAUUCCCUUUCACAUGCAGUCACGCACACUCCGAUUAAUGUGCCCUAGCAUGUUCUCUGUCACAUCAAAAUAUGGAAAAAUGGAUAAGCUGUCUUUUAUUCCAUCAACCACCUUCUUGAAACAGUUGGUGUUGCAAUAUUUGCGCAUAUCCAAAAACCUGUUGAAAUCUAAGUCUUUAAUAAUGUUUAGAAGUAGGUGUGUUUCCCCCUCUGACCAGAAAUGUGGGCUUUACUUUGGGGCAUGCACCUAUACCCAACAGUUGUGCAAACUGUUGGCGAGUUGGUUUGCCCACAGCAUAUCCAUGGCAACCCAUAGAGCUGCACAGAAACAGGCGAGAGGCCGUGUGUUGCAAACUUCAGUAAAAACCCCAAUUGAGACGCAUAUUAUGAAUCUGUCCAAAGAAUAGGCUGGAGCCUGUGCCAGCUGACAUUGGGCAAGAGGCAGGGUACAUCCUUGACAGGUCACCAGACUGUUGCAGACAACCAGUCACGCUCACGUUCACACCUGCGGCCAUUUUAGGGUCACCAAUUAACCUAACUUGCAUGUCUUUGGAUUGUGGGAGGAAGUCGAAGAACCCAGAGACCCACUCCGGAGUACCCACAGAAGGGCUACCCCACCCUGGGUUCGAACCCCCCACUCUGGGUUCUGGAACUCCCCACUCUGGGUUCGAACCAGGAACCCUCUUGCUGUGAUGCGACAAUGCUAACCACAGCACCACCGUGCCGCCCACUGGAAUACUACCAGCAUAUUCCACAGGAAAUCUUCAUUUGAAAAAAGGCCUAGUUCAGAAAACUGGAAUAUGCUGUUUACAUGACCGGUAUCAAAUUCAGAAUAUUGUCGUUUUCGGAAUAAUAGAGGAAUCUUAGUAUUCAUGUAAACAGGGUCAAUUUUUUCUUAAGUCUUCAGUUGAAUAAGGUCUAAAUGGAUCUGUCAACACUUGUCAAGUUUAAUGGAGAACCUCACUGAAAGAUUUCCAAUGGUGCUCACAGUUUUCCAUCGUCUUGUUCUUGUUGAGGAUGAGAUGAACACAUGAUAAUAAUGAAAAUGGUCACUUUUUGUCUUGGAAUAACUCAUUACAAAACCUGUCGCCCACAUUUUAAACGGUUUAGCCAUAGUCAUUCAAAAAAACAAAAAAAAAAAAAAAGAUAUUCCUCUGUGUAUUAAAAUAUCAUCUCAGUUUGCUGAAAUGAGGCCAACUUCUAUGUGACAAACAAAGCCAUUCAACUUUUAAGGCCAGUCUGUAACUUUAUGUGCCUGUCAAAUGUGGAGAACUGCCACUUUGGCUGAAAGUAUUUUUUCUUUUCAGGAAAGUAACCAUCAACACACACAAGGCUUUUCUUUGCCUUCUCCAUAGGCUUGUCACUGUGGGUGGUAUCAGCCGGCAAGCCAACACCAGUACAUAUUUCUGCACACCUUUCCUCUGGCUAUUAUCUGAAAGUCUAGUGCGUGUAUUGAACCCGACUGAGGACAUACAGCGGCCUUUAAUGAUUGACAUAACAAAAGUGGCAUCAACUAAAAUAGAUAGCAGCUGCGAGUGGGAGGGAUCAAGCCUAACGUCUCAAGAUGUUUGAUUUGAGCUUGAUUGUUGAAGAGAAUUCGGUUGCCAAAUGAAACACGACGAGAGUGGCAGCACUUCAGGUCCAGCUGGUUCAGCCAGCUUCUCUAUAUAGGCAGUUAAAAAAUAUGAUGGAAAAUUAUAUAGGUCUGUAUUUUCUUCUUCAGUCUGUGGAGCUAAAACUCACAAGUUGACCUGCAGUCUAUUUUAUACUUAUCACUUUUUAUUAGUUUUAUAAGCUAUUCGCAUGUAACAGGCUAUGUUUUUUUAAUCUCAUUUAUUUAAAACUUGCGUGUUUUCUGCGUAAAAUGCUAAAAUUUCAGUUUAAAGCCAAACUGCACUCUCAUAGUGUUGACUUUAUUCUAAUUGAAGCCAUAUAAAGGUUGGUAACACUGGUGAGUGACAGUGUUCUUGGAGGACUUAAAGGAAAAGUUUGACAUUUUAGAAAAUACCCUAAUUUCCCUUUUUGCUUAGAGUUAGAUGAGCAGAUUGAUACCACCCAUGCAUCUGUGCAAUAAAUAUGAAGCUACAGCCAGAAGCUAGCUAAUUUAGCUUAGCAUAAAGACUGUAAACAGGACUGCUAACCUGGCUCUGUCAAAAGGUAACAAAAUUUGCCUAAUGACACCUUCAGAGCUCAGUAAAUAACACAUUGUAUCUUAAACUCUGUAGAAAGAAAUUUACAGGGGGUCAAUAGCAGGCUGUUUCUUGGCUGGGACCAGUAAUAGCUCUGGUUGCCUGUUGACUGCUCCUGAGUAAGCAAUUGUUCCAUAAACAAUCCCUGUUAGUUUUUUGUACGGAUUAAACAAAGAAACAAUGUGUUAAUUAGUGAACUUAAGCUGUUAUAUUUGGCUAGCUGUUUCCUGGUUUCCAGCAAAGAGUGUAUAAAAACAGUGGACGUAGUCAUCAAGGCAUUUCCCAUUGAUUUGUGGACUCUUGUUUUGAAGCCUCAAGUUUGGUAUUUUGACCAUCACCAUCUUGGAUUUUUGGAACCAGAAGCUAACCCUGGAGCUAACCCUAAUGUUAGGUGUUCGCUUGAUUAGCACUGUGCAUUUACAAUCUGUGGUUAACUGUGAUAAUGCUAAUGCUAAUUUUCUUGGGUGAAAAACAGGCUUAAAGACAUUAAAACAAAAUGUACUUAUGGGGGCCAGAUUAGAUAAUAUGAAAAUACCUGGGGGCCAGCGGCUUCUCGCAUCAAUGGAAAGACAAAACAGUGAAGAGGUAAAAUAACUAUAGAGACCAAGUUGUUUUUUGUACCAGGCUGUAAACGCAUUUAUUUCUGCGCUAAAGUUGGGCACUUUAACACAGGGGUCUAUGGGGAUCAACUUUUUUCUGUGCUUCCAUGUUGGCUUCAUUUUUCAGCCCCGGAGGUUGCCACUUGGUUUCCAGUCUCUGUGCUAAGCAAAGCUAACCAGCUGCUGGCUGCAUCUUCAUAUUACCUGUACAGCCAUAGGAGUUGUUUCAAUUUUCUCAUCUAACUCAAGAAAAUGUUUAACUUUUCCUUUAAGUCUCCCACCGCGACAAGCCGGACCUUCCCCUCUACGACAAACGUAAAUGCACCUUUGACAGUCCACAGUGAGGUUGCAGACUGUGCCUCUGUUAAGCCAUAUGCUACUUCUACUAAAUAAAACUCUAAUAUAUGAGGUGGGUAAAUGGUUGUAUUAUUCAUUCUUGCCUAUGCUGGAUUUUAACCAUUAGCCCAGCAUUGGACAUUUCUACCUCCAUCACUCAGGCACAUAAUGAAAAUAUUUUGUGUCCGUUUGCUUGCUUCUAAGGCGCUGACAUAUCAAAUUCUCAGCAACAAGUCAGAAACGUUAACACUCAGUGGUUCUCUGUGACAGAAUACUUAAUUCAUCGGUACCAGACUUUUAUAGACAUACCCCCAUGGCUACGCUGUAGUUGCUUCUUCAACUGUGAUCGUUUUUCUUUUUUUGUCUUCUGUUAAUGUUUUGUUCUUACCGUGUUUUCAAUGAUCAUUAGCUGAGCAACAAUGAAUCAUGUUUUUAAAGGUGCUAUGUGUAGUAUUCUCUAAUUACUGUUAAAGUAUAACUGGGACCACGGAUGUGACAGUUCAAACAUUACCUCUGGUGAUCUACUACUAUACUCCUUUGUUUGUUGGAAAAGGCACCUUUGAUUUUUGGAUGAAGUCGGUCAAGUUUGCUUCGUCAUUGGCAGACCGGUAGCUGAAUAUUCAGAGGCAACAAAGGGAAGAUAAUCAGAUUUGCUGCUAUUAAGCAGUUCAUAGUGACUUUAAAGUGUAGCACAUGUUAUUCUGUUGCGUAGUGUGAUAUUUAGUGAAAAUCCUACACAUAAUACCUUUAAGUGAAAGAAGUAUUAUGAUUUUUUUCAUGGUAGAGACAUAAAGAAAUUUGUCAAAUUGUGAUUUCUUUUUCUUUUUUAUUUCUGGUGUCUUUCACUGAAUUUUUAUUUAAAAAAAAAUUAUUUCUGAGAAAAAAAAAAGUACAAACACAAACAUUGCAGUUUCACGAAUUUAUCAUGUAUUUUAUGCUUUAUUAAAAGUGUAUACUCAUUGUGGGCAGUGUUUUCAGUAAUGUUUCAAUUUUGUUAAUUUAUUACCUAAAUGUUGAAAUAUUACAACUUUUAAAACAUGACACUUGGUACAAACAUACAAUAUAUAUUUAAAUAUGAUACUUUGCAUGUGCACUAACUGUGUUGGAUUAAACUGCAUUAAGUUGAAAUAAAAUGGGUUUGAUGCCCGAAAUGUC